AUGCAUCUAUUUCAGAUCGAUGUAGUUGCUCUUGAUCGUACUUGUUUUCAGCAAGUAUUACAAGGUCCUACAUGGUACGUGGAUGUCUCGGACAAAGCGGUCGUCGAAGCAGUUAUUGAAUGUAUCAAGAAAAAUAUACUGCACCAGGACAUAAAAAUGGAGAAUAUCCUUCUUGAUCUAGAUACCGGGGUUGCCAAAAUUAUUGAUUCUGGGUUGGGCAGAUUUUUCGAUGAUUCCGAUGAGCCUGUUCACUCGUAUCGUGGCACGCUUUACAUUGCACCACGAGAGUGCUUUAAGGAAGGGAAAUUCAACGGCCUGGAAGCUGUGAUUUGGUCACUGGGGAUCCUUCUAUAUGUUACGAUGACGAGCUACGACCCAUUUCCUGUCAAGAAAAGGAACGUCCCACAUCAUGACAUGUUCAGAGUGUAUGAUGAUCUUUCAGGAGGUGCUCAGAGAUUAUCCUUGCGGUGCUUUACGCUAGAUCCAGCCGAGAGGCCAACAUUAGAAGAAAUUUUGAAUGACCAUUUUUGA